ACAGUAUAAAACGUUAUAUUCGAAAAUUCUUUGUUUUGCCUGUACGCACCUAGAAAUUCUAUAUCGACAAUUAAUCUUUAUUAUUUAAUAGAUUAUACAACAUAUAUUAUUUGGUUGAGUGGCACUGCAGCAAUCUGACUACAUGAACUUUAUGGACUGACUACUCUUUAUGGAUAAUGCACACUGCGUAAGACUGCGGCAUAUUUAGGUGCAACCUCAACCUUACAUACUGUUCAGGGUUCGGACAACAGGGUAAUUUUCAUAGACACAGAAAGUUCCUACUCAGAAAAUGCUGCAAUUGCACAGCUCCCCAAAACCACCAAAGCGAGGCAGACAUCUUUCUGUACGUCAAACCAAAGGUCGCCAGAUGUUUCUCUAGAAUGAAGACCGGGUUGGUGUUUCUGGUGAUCAAUUGGACACCGAUGCAGCGAAAAAGUCCUAUGUACUCUGAAAUCGAAUAACCGGAAAACGGAUGAGGCUGUGCGUCACUGUGCUGGGGGUGUUAGUGCUGCUGAGCGGCAGCCUGGCUCUCGAGGACAGCUGCCUGGGGGGGGCGCAUCACAAAAACGCUCCGGGCCCCGAGAGGAACAUGAGGGAGUGUUUCACAUACUCCAACUCUUCCUGCUGUCAUGCCAACUUCACGGAAAAGCUUGUCUCCCCGGUGACAAAGGUGGACAAUACCAGUUGGAUUACCUGUGGAAAUCUUAGCGAUCGCUGUGAGGCAUUCAUGAAGAAGAUUGAAUGCUUCUACCAGUGCUCUCCACACGCAGCCCACUGGGUGAACAAGGACUAUCCUGCAGGCUUCCUGAAUGUCCCAGUUUGCGUGAGCUUCUGUGACGGCUGGCUGGAAGCCUGCAAGGACGACCUGACCUGUGCUAAAAACUGGCUGACAGACUUCAAAUUGGAUAUCGAUGGCAACCACUGUCAGCAUGACUGUGUGCCAUUCAGCAAAAUGUACAGCAACGGAACAGACUUGUGCAACUCCAUGUGGGGCCCAUCAUUCACAGCAAGUUCAUCAAAUUGUGCCUGCCUGCAAAUGGAUGCUCAGGACAGUGUGGCUGUGCCUCAUAUGCUACACUCAGAUUCCAAAUCCAGCAGCUCUGCAGCCAGCCAGGAGAAGGCCUGCCAACACGUAUGGCUCAGUAAGGAAAAAUUUACAGGGAAGCAAGAGCAGUGAAUCUACUUACUGCACACAAACACCCAAACAACCACCUACGCUUUUAAGGCACUGACCAUCAAGCAGAAUAAUCUGCUUCAACGUGUCUCAACAGACAUACAUGGACCUGUGUAGGUUUUUAAAAUAAAUGUAUACAAUCAAAGCUUUUCUCUUUAAACAGAUGUAUUCAUGAAUAAAGACCCCAUUUCCACAA